CUACAGGCCACUCUGCGUUAAAUGAAAUACAUCAAGACCAAUCAGAAUGAAAACUAUAAGACUGCCAUUGGAUCUCCGUGUCGUAAAGAAUCAUGAUAUCCACCACUAUUCGAAGUCCCGUUUUGCAAUCAGCCGGAUUGUGUCCGAGAGUGGACAACUGGUAGACACUGAGAUCUAAAGUAAUUGGUUGCGGGUUGUAUCGGAAGGAAUGUCAGUCCCGUUCACUAAGGCGCAUAAUUAUCAUAACGAUCAAUGUUUAGCGAAGAAUGUUUAGCGUCCAAUUAGAGAUACGUCGAUCCAAGAAAAAAGAACGAUGAUUGGUAGAACGAUUAGGUGUGCAUCCGGUCGACUGUCCGUGGUUUAGGUGUAAGUUCGACAGAGAAACAUCAGUGAAUGACAGUGGUUUUGUGCGGACGCAUUUGGUGUCCGCCUGCGACCGCGCGCGCGCGUGCAACUAACAACAAUGCCGUGGUAGGGAUAAAUUAUUUCUGAGUUCGCUGCGCUGUCGUAGAAAUUGCAUCGUGGCUUUAUCAUGUAGUUUCGCAGGCGAGAGGGAACCGACGUCGAGAGUUUUGCGUGUAGAUCGAACAGCGUACGACACCGGGGCGAGUUCGGCGUCGGCGUCUGGCUCCGGGCAGCAGCACGGUGUGACGUGUGUACGCCGUCGUCUCUAAUUAUCACGAUUAUUUAAUCAUGCCCAAUUCGCAAGGAAGCAGGCUGAUUCGCGAGCAGUCAGAAUUGCGACCGCGCCACCACAUCCUCGUUCUUUCCUUAUGAUGAAAAUGACGGUUAUGGUGAUAUGACAAUGAUGAUCCUGUGAUCGUGCAAAGUGACCAGUCUGAUAGAUGUUUUAUCAGUUGUAAGUGCCUACACCAAGGAUUAAUAAUCGUUGAUCAGUCCUGUUCGACCCUCUACGAAUUCUCACGGGAGCGGCACUCCGUACAAGAGAGUGGAGACCGCAACCCACAGUUUGGAGCGUUGCUAGUUCAAUUGUUCAGGAGUGAAAUAGUGGAGCAGGGUAAAAAGAACAACAAGCCGGAAGGAAGAGGGAGGAAGCAGCAGGAAGUGGCAUCAGAAGUGAGACAGAGAAGAGGAAAGAAAGAAGAAAGGGUAGACGCGGCGGAUCGGGAGGGCAGGGUAGCAAGAUGGCGGGGUCCUUAACGUGGUCGUGUACUUGUUGCCUGCGGUUCAAGUUUAGCCCCGAGGAAAUUGAACAACGAUAUAAGAGUCAGGAAAUUGAUCGGAUGCUCGAGAGGGACCGGCAAACAUUUCGUCGACAGGUAAAGCUCCUGCUACUUGGGGCUGGUGAAAGCGGCAAGUCUACGUUCCUCAAACAGAUGCGAAUUAUCCAUGGGAUUAAAUUUGAGCCUGAAUUGAUCAAGGAGUACCAGCAUGUAAUUUACCAGAACAUCAUUAAAGGGAUGAAGGUGCUGGUUGACGCCCGUGAUAAAUUGAACAUUGCAUGGGAAAAUCCUAAGAAUUAUGAUAUUGGAUAUCAACUGCUCAAAUUUGAGAACACUAUGAUCCUAGAUGCCAGGCUAUUCAUGCACUAUGUGCCAGCAUUACAAAGCCUUUGGAAAGAUGCUUCCAUCAAAAGAGCAUUUGAUAGGCGGAGAGAAUUCCAGUUGUGUGACUCAGUGCAAUACUUCCUGGACAGCCUUGACAGGAUUGCCAGAGUGGACUACGUGCCUACGAAUCAAGACAUAUUGCACUGCAGAAAAGCUACAAAAGGUAUAUCCGAGUUCUCGAUCCCGAUCAACAACCUCUCGUUUUUAUUUGUGGAUGUCGGUGGACAGAGAUCGCAAAGGCAGAAAUGGUAUCAGUGUUUUGAUUGCGUCACUUCGAUACUUUUCCUCGUCUCGUCAUCGGAAUUCGAUCAAGUCCUACUAGAAGACAGGCGGACCAAUAGACUGGAAGAGUCGAGAAAUAUAUUCGACACAAUCGUAAACAACACGAUAUUCGGCGGCGUGUCGAUUAUCCUCUUUCUAAAUAAAAUCGAUUUACUCGAUAAGAAAGUUAGAUCGGCGGAUACUAAUGUGCGCUACUACUUCCCGCAAUUCACUGGCGACUCACAUUCCAUGAAGGACGUGCAAAACUUCAUUUUGAAUAUGUUUGUAUCCGUGAAGAGGGACAAGAAGAAGCAGCUCUUCUAUCACUUCACAACAGCAGUGGACACCGAGAAUAUGAAGGUCGUGUUCAGUGCUGUAAAAGACACUAUACUUCAUCGUAAUCUCGAGUCGCUGAUGCUUUUAUAAGAUCAUGCGAUGACUGGAAGAUUCAAUGAAUUAGCGCCACGACGAUGACGAGUUUAGCGUGAGAGCUGAAUUAAAUAUGGCCGAAUAUAUAAGUAAUGAUUGGGAAUUUUUAAGUUUAUACACGCCAUAAGAUAUUCUUCCAUCCCCUUUUUGAUAAACAUAUAUAUGACAAACUGUCGGUCCGAGAGGUCUGUCUAGGCUAUUAAUAAUUAUGAUAUCGUGUACAUAGACGACUUGUAUUUUCUACGUAGUCGAUAAUUUCAUUGAUAAUGGAUUUAUAUAUUUAUAUAGGGCAAUGAUUCAUUGGAGAUUAUUGUAACUUUUGAUUAUUAUAUUUUGUACAGAUCUUUUUAAUCCGACGCUUUUUUACAUUGCGAAUACGUAAAGAGAAUGCUGGUCAGUUAGCCAGAUUUCGUGCGAGUGUAAUUGUAACUUAUUUCUUACUUAAGGCUAAUUAUCAUCAUUAACAUCGAAUAUAAUAAGUAACAAGGAAACCAAAUACUAGAUCCAUGCCAUACAAACCAAAUGAAACUAACCAGUUUGUGUUCAAAUUGUGUGCACAAGAUCACUUGUAAUUGCUGUCGCUAAUGAGUUUUUUUGUAAUUACCGUAAAAUUUUUCAUUCUCCGUGACGAUAGCCAUUGUUCUUUUUUUCUCUUUGGUUUUAUAUUUACUUCGAAAAUUCCUUAAAAAAAAAUUAUACAUCCAAUUGUGCAUGAGAUCAGAGUCUGUCGUCGUAGCCUCAUUAAAAUUGUAAUUAUAAAUGGUCCAAUCUUAACGUAUUACUGCCAACGUAAUUCGCUGCUUUCUUCAUCUUAAUGUGGAAACGCGAAUCGAACUGUGAUCAUUGUAUAUUGUAAUAUUUGGCAACCGGCAUGGCGACAGAGCUGGUAUAAUCGCUCUUAGAUACAACCUGAGGACCCAACCUCGUGGUUGUCUCUUAAUUAGUAAUUAAAUCUGUGAUCGGACAUUUAGAAAGAAGUUUCAAUUGAACCGUUUUUUUUUCCCGUAAAAUUGUACAUUUCUGAGAGCGACUUUUGCUUUCCUACGUGGCGAUCAAUAUUAGCGAAUUUAUCGGGAGCGUGCUCUUUGAUGGACACGAUAAUUUUGGUUUCUUCUAUUAUAAUCGUAUGAGAAUACAAAUAGUUGUUUGGCAAAACGAUUCUUGUUCGACGAUACAAGUUAAAUGCACAUACACGCUUUCUCUUACGAAGAAUAAUCAUAGGAAAGUCCACCUCGCAGUUAAUUCAUAUUUUGUUUCAUUUUCCGAAAGGCACUAGUUUGAUGGUAAUUUAUAUGAAAGAAGAAAAAAGCGGUAGUAUCAAUAGUUUAGACAAAUUAAUAUAUUAAUAUUCAUAGAAACAAUUUUGAUGAACAUAAUUUCUGCAUAUUGAGCAUUAUGCAUACAUUGCAAGAAUUUUUUGAAUAUGUACCAAAUUUAUUAUGUAUUGUAGUACAUUAGAAAAUAGGCUGACGAUAUAAUUCUCACUGACGCACAAUACAAUAUUGCUUCUUCGAUCCAGUAAAUUUGGAUACAAGUUUUUGUCAGUCAUAUGAAAAGAAGAUCAAUCACUUCGUUGUUCUGUAUCACUGACAGUGAAGGCAAUCAUUGUUUUUUUUGUUUUAUGGAAAAUUCACAAAAACUAUACAGUCCUAAGACAAUCGGUGUAACCUUACAUUUCCAAUAAUCAAAAACGAUUUACAUGCUUCUCUACCGCGCGAUUCGAACUGCGACCGUUUCAAUUGUUUUAUUUGUUUAAAUUGAUAAUUGUUUACAUUCCUAUGGAGCUAAUCUGGCCCAAUUUAGUUAACACUUCUAUUAUUAUACUGUUACGAGCAAAUCGUGCAUACGAUAAAAUCUUUUCUCUCAUCUUCUCUACUUUUAUAUUCCUAUGUCUUCCUACUCACUUUAUCAUCCUGAGACGCUCUAUCUCUUUUUUUUUUCUUUUUAACGAUAUACUCGACUUCCUCACACUUUUCACUAUCUUUGACUUAUGUAAAAAGAAUCUUGCGAACUCAGUGCGACAUCUAAUACGCAUAUAUGCAUAACUAUAAGCUUCUUAAGUGUAUUAUAAUGUGCACAAAUCACGCCUAUCGUAAUCGAGUAUGAGUAAUGAUUUGUCGUUUUUCUUUUGAAGAAGGUAUUUUGGAGCAGUACGUACAUUCGAUAUAAUUUGAUUGCUAUUAAAAAAUUUACCUGCGGAGAGACAGAACCCAUUGUUAUUAAAUUGUAAAUAUGUUGUAUAUGAUCAGCAGAGAACAUUCACAAUAGUCGAUAAUUAAUUUAUUCGAAAGCACGAGAUAUCGCGAUAUUUUUUAUAAUCGCGCAAGCUCUUUCGUGCCUUAUUAGAUUAGCGUAAUCAUCACCUGUCUUUAUUCUCUAUACGUAUUCUUGAUUAUGAGAAACAUAUCUUUUAUGGUCGAUAUUACUAAUUUAAGGCUUAAGAAUAAUUUACAAUUUAUUCUCGGAUAUUAUAGCAACGUAUCCGUAUGUUGAUACGCAUUACGAGCAAAAUAAGUCGCAAUAUUAUGAAAGUUCUCUGCUCGAUUAAAAGUGUCAUGUAAGACCAUAGGUGUAAUCAUUUUUUAUCCACGUACACUGUUUCUUUUUUUUUUUAAUUUGAAUUUGGGACAUACCAAAGUGUAGGUUGGUUACUUCUGAAAUUAUUAUCUCUGUUCAGUAACGAAGAGUGUUUUGCGAAUCUUUUUGGAAAUUUUAUGCAAGAUUAUUUCACUGUAAUUUGGAUCCAUGACACAAUGACGUUUGACAAUUUUUCGCGUUUAAUCCGGUGCAAAUUUUGAUUCUCGGUGACGAGUGAUAAUUCGAUAUGAAUAAAUUUCGAAAUUUUCUAAAUGUAUGGUUUAAUCUAUUUUUUAAAAUAUUUUGUAAAAACACAAGCGUCAUUAAACUUUCACCGAUUUUACAGCGUUACUUCGAUUUUAAGCAUCACGAAAGUGAAACGGAUUGUAUAAUUAGUUGAAAAUGGUGAUACAAACGCAAUAGAGGUAUCUUUGUUAAUGAGUGCUCUUGUGUGAAAGCUAAACGAUAAGAUGUACUUUUUUGAAGAGCUUUUUUUAAGUACGUGCAUUGCAAUUGAUAGAUAUCGGUAUACGAGGUGCCAAUUUAUUAAUUAUUAAUUAUUGCAACAAGAAAACACGGGAUAUCGCUUGUAAAAGCGCAUGCAAUUAAUCAUCAGCACUGCAGUUGAUUUUUGGAGAAUGGCGUAAAUCAAUAUUUUCUAAUCGCACACCUACAAGCUUCGACACAACAUAGAGCAGUAUAUUAAUAUGAUUAUACUUAUUAUUCAAGUAAUCAAUAAACUUACAACGAAGGACAGAUUAUUUGGGGUGGACAUGUAAAUGGGGAUUUAAGUUAGUCAUUCUUUUAGAGGAAGAGAAAGUUUCCUUUUUUAUUUGUACUGGUGAUUUGGCUAGUUCACUUUUUCUUUUGUACGGAAAUGAGAGAACUUUUUGUAAGACACCAGUCUUUAUAUUUCAUGUCCGUCCGGGAAGUCCGUAUUUCAUGUACAGUUAUAUCCAUAACGAUAGGUAGAACAGACUUUCUGACUGUUACAAAUACGUCCAUUGGGCUAUCCAUUAAUCCUGGUAAAUAUUUGCAGUACGAUAUCCAUUAUAUUGUAAAUGUUCCCUUAAUAUCUUAUAAGCAAUUUUAUUAAUAAUCGUGUAGCUUGUAAUGCGGCUGUCCUGCCUAUCGUCGAUAGCUUUUUGUAUAUGAGAAUUAUAUUUUGUUAUUUUAUUUGCAUUUUAUUGUAUAUGAACUGAAGUAUGUAGAUAUAUUGUGCCUUUUGUAUAUUGUAUAUUUGUAUAUAAAUAUAUUUUACAUGAAUUAUUGUAAUGAUGUAGGACGUCCACAUAAACAAUAAAUAAAAUCUUAUAGA